AUGGGUUCAAUAACGCGAACAUUCCCAAUCGAGCAAUCUUUUACCAUGUCAGAUAUUGAAGAUAGAUUGACUGAAGAGAUUACUCUGUUAAGUACUAAGCUCGUGACAGCCGUCAGUAAACAAUCAGAGUUAGAAGAGAAGCUUUUACAUUAUCAUCGAGAGAACAGCCAAUUGAAAACCAAAUUAUCCAAUUCAACAGAUUUUGAGACCAAGUAUGAUGAAAUCGAUAGACGAUUUAAUGAUUUAACCUUAAAAUAUAAUGAAAGUGAAAAGGUAAAGAACGAAGCUCAACAAGAGAAUAAGAAAUUACAAGCUGAAGUAGAAGAUUUGACAGCUUCAUUAUUUGAUGAAGCCAAUAAGAUGGUAAGUGAUGCUUCAAGAGAGACUUAUAAUUUCAAGAUUAAGAACAAAAAGUUGUAUGAGGAAUUAGAAGAAAAGGAUCACAUUAUUUCAAGUUUACAAAAUGAAUUGAUUGACUUAAAGAAGAUGUUGGAAAAUUCUACCAAGACUGUGAAUACUAAUGAUGAUGAUUACUUAAAAGAAGAGGAGAGUUAUUUCAAUGCCAGUUUAUUCUCACCCAAAGCCAAGUCAAUCAGAUAUGACACAGAGAAUUAUGUAGAUUUCAAAGAAUUCUUGAAGUUCAUCAUUCAACCAACUUUUCAGUUCGAUUUACCUAAUUUAAAACUUUCAAAGUUCUUUAAGAAGAUUUGGGUAGAAGAGAUUGAGAACAGUAUUACUGUCCCUUCCACCAAUUUCUUAAAUCGUUGGCAAAAGGGAAGAUUAUUCUGGAAUCUUGUUGUUGAAGGGAAAGUCACCAUUGAACCAGUAAAAGGUAUUAAUGAAACUUUGAAAAUAGAUUAUCAAAAACCAACCAGUACUGGUGAACCUAUAAUACCAAUUGCUAUAGAUCAGCCAUGUGAAUUCUGUCAAGAACAAAGGAACGAUAAUUUAGAACAUUCAAGAUUACACAUUGUGAAAUUAUCCAAUCCCGAUAAUUUGAAUGAUUCUAUAGGAUACCCUAUUUGUAAUUUCUGUCUUAUAAAGUUAAGAAAUAUUUGUGAAUUCUUUGCUAAGUUGAGAUUAAUCAAUAAGAAUAUCUAUAAAUUAACUUUUGAUAAUGAUGAAUAUCAAAUUAUCAAGCUUUAUUUGAUUUUGAAUAUCAUCAGAUCUAAGAUAUUCUGGAGUAAGAUUGGAUAUUGGGAUAAUGUCAAUGAGAUAAAUGUUUUGAAUGUUGAUGAGAUUGAUGUGGAGCAUUUCAAGUUAUUGUUUAAUGACACGGGGUCCAUAAAGUCCAAUGAAGCUAUAAAGUCUAAGAAGUCAGUGGAUUUUGGCGAUCAAGAACCAGUGAUUGAGACAGAGAUUGACCCAGAAAAUGAGUCAAAAGUCAUAGAGCCGGAAGUCGAAGAGCCAGAAGUCGAAGAGCCAGAAGUCAAAGAACCAGAAGUCAAAGAGCCAGAAAAUGAACCAGAUAUCGAAGAACCAGAAGUCAAAGUGUCAGAAGCCGUUACAGAAAUAGAGAACAAGAACACAACAGAAUCACAAUCUUCCCCAGAAAAGGUGGAUCAAGCACCAGAAACAGCAGAGCAAAAAGAGCCAACUGAUGUCUCCUCAGAACCCAUUCCAAGUAAAGCAGAAAAGAAAAAGAAAAAGAAGAAGAAAUCCAAAGUCGCCAGUAUUGCUAACACUUUUGAACCUGUAGACCUCACUAAAGAAGAAUCAGAUAAAAGUUCCGGUAAAGAAGAAGACUUUGCUGAUACAGUUGAAGAAUUCAGUGAACCUCAAUUAACCAGAAAGAACUCCACAUCCAAACAAUUCUCUGAGAAAGUUAACAAUGAUUUAGAUAACACUUUAAAGAUGUUACAAGAAAGUUUAGAUGAAAAAUAA